GGUGCUCUCACUUGACCGCCAACAAUCAAGGUGGCAGCUUUAAACUUCCCCGUAUUCAUCAUACAACCACAAUAAUAGUAAAUACAUGUAUAUGUAUACCUACCAAAGCUCGAGCAUAAUGAGCUUUUGUCAUUGCCAAUGUCGUUGUUGUUACUUUUGUCCGAGGGAUCCCAUUUAGAUGACAAAUCUUGAGACACUUUUCUUCAGUCUUCUGUUUGUCUGUCGUUUUGUCUAAAUGACUGUAAGGAUUAUUAGUAAAUUGUGUUAUUACAAGAACAAUAAUAGUUAUCAUUAUUAAUUUUUGAGUGAUGAAUUGAGCAAAUGAGUGCUGUGUUGGAUUUUUAAAAUUAUAAGUAAAUAAUAGUGUCCAUUAUUGAGAAAAUGGAGAAAUAAUUUAUCAGAAAAUGGGAGAAAGAGAAAAAAUAAAAUGACACUGUGAUUAUUAUUAUUGCUGUUGGGUAUUAAGAUUUAUAAUAGUCCGUAAUUUAAUUACGUCCGCAUGCGGCCAUUGGCUCACUGAAUAAGCGAAACUUUGUUUAUAAUUAUUUAGCAGCAUGUGUUUUUAUAAACAGCGGGAAUUAAUUGCAACAUAGACUUUACCAGUAACGGUAAAUACAAGUUUAUUACAAAUUUAUAUAGUUAUAAAGUAAUUAGCUGCGGUUUAUGUACUUGAAUGGUUGAUGUGUUUGUAAAUGAAUUUUAUUUUGUUCUUUAUUUUGUUUUUUCCAAGAGCUGAACUGGGGUAAAUUGAAAAUGUGGAAACUUUUGUCGGGUAAACUUUUAUACGUGUGUUAAAUUUAUUGAUACUCUUUAGUGACUUUUCGGAUUCCGAGUUUUAAUUAUGUAUAUAUUUUUUAUUUUAUUUCUGAUGUGUUUUUAGUGUGCAGAUGAAACAUUAAUGCGGAUUUAAAGUGAAGUUUUGGUUUUUAAAAAUAUACGAGCUUUUACAGAGGAUUAUAUUGUGAUUUAUUGAUGAAUUUUUAUUGACAGAGCGAGUGGACAAAUGAGUUUUGAAAUAAAAAUUUAUGUCUGAAUUUUUAUUGGACGUUAAGGGAUUUUAAAAGUUGCCAUUAGUUGUUAACUAAACACCGCGAGUGAUAUAUUUGUGUGCAAAUAACUAGACCGUGUAUUAAAAAAAAAAAAAAAAAAAAUAAGCAAAGACGAAAAUAAAAUAAAGAUGGCGAUUACCCAGUGCACGUGGAGAAUUUGGAGCUUUAGCUCGCUUCUAAGGAUUGUCCUAGCUCUAUCACAAGUGCAAGCAGCCGAAGAAAGCCAAGUUGACACGCAAGAGGGCUCAACCGUGCUGCUCAGAUGCCGAUUUCAGAACGUCAAAGAAAAUGCCACGAGCUUCUGGUUAACUCACACUAACAAUGUGCACGACAAUGCGGCAAUCGAUGACAAGCCCCUGUCGCCAAAUUAUAGCGUCUACAUGAACCUCAAAGAGGGACGUUAUGACUUGGAAAUUCGCAAUGUAUCGUAUGAACGCAAUAAUGGUAAAUAUGAGUGUCGUAUUAAGAUGAGCGGCAGUGGGGAGAAUUUGUAUCACAAAAAUGUGACACUCACGGUACUGAGGGCACCAGGACCGCCAACAAUCUCGCCAACUUCGACCCCAGCCACCGAGGGCAAGCCUCUUCAGUUACACUGUAACACUAACGGAGGCAGUCCUGAACCUGAGGUAAAAUGGUAUCGUGACAACAGUGUACGACUUCUUCACACUGGUCGCACACUUGAGAUUGUACCGACGAAAAAUGACAACGGUGCUAUUUUUCGUUGUGUCGUACGUAAUCGGGCUAUGCCUGACGGCGAAACACUGAAUGCGUCAGUGAGAUUAGACGUCGAUUACUUUCCUCGUGUGACAGUUGGUCCGGAAAAUCCUCUAAAGGUCGAGGUAAACGGCAGAGCUGUUUUAAAAUGUAACGUCGAUUCAAAACCAGCAGUCGGUAUGGUUCGUUGGAUGAGAGACGGAAGUUUUAUUGCGACCAGCUUUGAACACGUGAUACCACGAGUAGCGAUUCAAGAUGCCGGAAAGUAUACUUGCGAAGCGGACAACAAUAUUGGAAAAAGUGGUGAAGCAUCGCUGACCCUUGAUGUGCUGUAUCCACCGACAGUUAAGAUAGAAGGUGAUACAACGCGUAUUGCAGAGGUUGAAGACACAAUAACAGUACACUGUCAUGUAUCCGCAAAUCCACUGGCAUCGAUUGUCGAGUGGACUCGUGAAGGACGACAGGAAUUCCGUGAAUCUGGACCUCUAUUGCGGCUGAAUCGCGUCACCGCUGAUCACGCUGGGAAUUAUACUUGUCAAGCGAUCAAUAUCAUACAUCCUACCGGUGGUGAGAGCAAGAAUUACUCAGCACAGGCACGGGUUAACAUUCGCAUACGUCACAAACCAGGACCGGCUAGAGUAACUCCAGACUCGCCGGUUGCGGUCGAAAAUACGCGAGUUAUACUCACAUGUAUGGCUAGCCCCGCUGGUUAUCCAGAACCUCAGUACAAAUGGUGGAAGGAGGGAGAUGAUCAGGGUCUACAGCUGCCUAUUGAGACAACUGGACCGCAGUUUAUCAUACCUUCAGUCCAUCUAGGUCAUGACGGGACAUACAAAUGUCAUGCACUCAAUGAAAUUGGUACAGGCGAAGCUGCUUCCAUCAAACUUACUGUCACUCAGCCACCCAAAAUUCUCACCAAGUUACAGCCCCACGUCACAAGAAAAGUCGGGGAAUCAUCUUUCUCAGUGGUGUGUGUCGCUCAAGGUAAACCAAUGCCCUCAGUUCGUUGGUUGAAAGACGAAGAGGAUCUCACUGCGGAUGUGGGUCUAUACAAAGUAGAAACACGGCAUUCAAAAGGUCACGGCAAUGUUAUAACGGUUAAUUCAACUCUGAGUUUCCUCGGACACGCGCGUCCUCAAACUGACAAAAUAAUUGCAAGCGAUCGUGGCAAGUACACAUGUGUAUUCAGCAAUGACGUUAAAAGAGUCGAGUCCCAGAUGAUGUUAAAGGUCGAACACGCGCCAAUAGCUUUGCACAAGCACAAUAAAGUUGCCUACAAUUUGCGGGAAACCGCCGAAGUAAUGUGCAAAGUACAGGCUUGGCCGAAACCCGAGUUCCAAUGGAAAUAUGGAUCUAACUCGGCGCCCCUUCAGGGCUCGUCCAGUGACGGACAUUACGAGAUAGGGACAAUACUCGAAAAUGACGAUAUUUAUACCUCGGUACUGAAGAUAACGGGUAUCAAGGAAACAGAUUACAAUAACUACAGCUGUCAUGCGAUAAAUGCCCAGGGUGUUACUACCUCCGUAAUUACGCUACAACCCAAAGGUGCACCAGAGAAACCAACAGAUCUCACGGCUUUGGAGAUCGGGCCAACUUAUGUGGCAUUACAGUGGGAAAUUGGUUUUGACGGCGGUCUUGAGAUCACUAAAUACUUCGUGUCUUAUCGGCGCAUACCCAGCGAGGAUGAAACAAUUGCACCAGACUGCGCAUCCCCACGUAGUCCAGCGGGCCAAUGGCUGGAGCGCGAUUGUCGGCGUGCUAAUCCCUGCAAUAUUACAGACCUUGAGCAACAUCAGAGGUACACGUUCAAAGUAAAAGCGUACAAUACUAAAAAUCAUUCCGACUAUUCAGACGAAAAAACGUUUGUCACAACGGUUGCUAAAAUCCCCGCACCAAAUCGCGUUACAUUCGAUCCGGAGAGCAGUAAUCUUGUAAUAAAUGUCGGCCCCACUUGUCUCGCUGUGGUAGCGUCUAUUGAACGCUUGGACAGUGGACCGAACGACCUCUGGAAAACAGUAGACGAGUGGCUGCUCGAAGUUCUAGGCAGUUCGGCCACUACCAAAGAUGGAAUACUCAAUGACCCAGAUAUGUCCAAUACGGGAUCACGUCUCAGAGUAAGACUCUGUCUGCAAUCUGACAAACAAAAAUGCGGCGAUUGGACUGAAGCUGAAGUUGGACCGUCUUUAGUUCAAGCAAAUGCAAUAGCAACGCCAACAUUGAUCGCGAUAGUAGUCAGUGGCGCAGUGUUCCUUCUUUUUGCAGCUCUGUUACUUUUAUUCUUCCGAUGCAAAAGAAAGCACACGGCGAAAGCCAAAGACUACGAAAUGGAUUCCAACGCGGUACGACCAAGUUUGGUCACUGGAAAUGGACAGCAGACCCAAGCCCCGCCACCCUACUAUGCCGAGAACAAGGCACUCGAGCAUAGUCUAGAUCGAGCUCUCGCCAUGGAGGACUCUAAAACACCUGCUUACGCUCAACCGGCUUAUAAUUGGCGUCAGCCCAAUCACAUCAAUGGCGAAAACGGUGUCAACAUGGGCUACUUGGACAACAGCUAUUCCAAUUCAAAUAACGGUGGCUCCGUAAACUCCCAGGACUCUAUUUGGCAGAUGAAGUCAGCCGCGGCCAAUGGCGCUAAUCCCCCUUACGAUCUUGGCGGAUACGCUGCUACAGAGUCUGACUACCCGGCCCACCCACACUAUCUUCCUCAGCGUGAGGAUUACCGCGAAAACCACAACCUAAGCAGACAACAAUUCUGCGCCGAGCCCUAUCCCAAUGUGGUCAAGUCCCAGAAGCAUGUCGAUUCGCCGUAUGACGUGUCUGGAUUGCCUUAUCAAGAGGCGUACGACGAGGACGCAAAGCCGCCCCAACAGGUGAGCCUCUCUUACGACGAGAGUCUCGAGUCCGGAUACUCAACUCCCAACGGCCGACGGCCGAGAAUAAUAAGGGAGAUAAUUGUCUGA